AUGAACAUCACCGUCCUAAUUUCCGGUUCUGGAUCCAACCUACAAGCGCUUCUAGACGCACAGAAACUGGGCAAUUUACAGGGAACAAUCACACAGGUGGUUUCCAGCAGCGAAACCGCUUUUGGCUUGGAAAGAGCCGCCAAAGCAUCGGUCCCCACUAAGACCCACGUUUUGAAGACCUACUACAAGGGCACAACCAAGGAUGAAAAAGAGGCUCGUGCGCAACGUCGUGAAAAAUUCAACGGCGACCUUGCCAACCUUCUUAUCUACGGAAAUGUGGAGGGAACCGCCGACAACAGCUACACCAAGCCAGACUUGGUUGUAUGUGCUGGAUGGAUGUUGAUUCUCUCUCCCACGGUCUUGGUACCUUUGGAGAAGAGUGGUGUUUCCAUCAUUAACUUGCAUCCUGCGUUGCCUGGAGCUUUCGAUGGAACCCAUGCAAUUGACCGUGCAUGGCAAGCGGGCCAGGACGGUACCAUCAGCAAAGGUGGUGUGAUGAUUCAUCGUGUCAUUGCCGAGGUUGAUCGUGGUGAGCCAGUUUUGGUGAAGGAGCUUGACUUGAAGAAGGAGGAGACACUAGAAGAGUACGAGGAGAGGGUUCAUUCGGUGGAGCACAAGGCCAUUGUGGAGGGAACAAACAUUGUGCUUAAGGAGCUUAUUGAGGAGAAGGAGAAGUCUGAAAAGAAGGAGAAGGAGGAGAAGGAGGUCAAGGAAGACUCCACGGCCAGAGAGGGUGCUUUGGAGAAGACAUUGGAGAAACUUCAUUUGAGAGAGUAA